AUGCAAGAUAUUCCUAAUAGAGAAUCACCAAUAUUUAAUGAAAUAGAUAGUACACCAGAAGAAAUAGGAGAUUAUCAUUUAAAAUUAUGUUUUUGUCCUUUUUGUCAAUCUGGAAUUAAAUCUAUGGGGUUAGAUAAAAAAGAUAAUAAAAAAGUUAUUUCAUGGCAAUUAUUAUGUCGUUCAAUUUUGUAUUCUCUUUCUAUUGUUAAUGCUCCUCGUGUUUAUUUCUCACUAAAGAAAGAUAUUUAUUGGUGGAUUGUUGAUCACUGGUAUUGUUUUGGUUCAUUACAACAAUUUAAAACAUCUCCCUCAAAGUGGAAAAAGUCAUUAUUGGAUGCUCUAAGUCAUUCAUCAUUUUUUGAGUCUGGAACAAUCACACUUAAAAAGACAGGAAUGUGGAAGUUGAGUCAUAUCAUUGCUCCUUGGGAGGACGAUAAACUUUCAUCAACUUCUCUUUUUCAUUCUAUUUCAAUUCCUCAACAAUCACACUUACUGUUAUCUCUAGGACCUUUAAACGACGUUCAUGAACCCAAAGAAACAACACAAAAAGAUUUGGGUUUCAAAGUAUUAAUAGAAAAUACAAACAUAAACACUCAAAAUAAAAUUAACACUUCCUCACAAGAAAAAACUACAAAAAGUGGAAAAGAAAAUAAAAAUAUUAUUCGUUCUCAUUGCAUUGAAGCAAUCAAAAAAUAUCAAAUAGCUUAUGAUGAACUUGAAAAUGAAAUGAAAGGAAAUACACUUGAUGAUGUUACAAUAAAACAAUUAAAUGAAAUUAAAGAAGUAACAAAAAUGUCUGUAUCAUUAUUAAAUAUGUUAGAUUCUAGACAAGAAGAACAAAGUUCUAUAUUGAUUACCAAGGUAUUAGACAAAAAAUAA